CAGGCUUACACAGCCUAUCUCGUGGGUCAGUUGCCCUCUCACUUAUGAUAGGUACAGACACACAAAGAUCAUGAUGUUCACAGCUUUCAUGUCACGAGUGAGCCAUGGGUUUCGUCUGGCGGAUGUGGUUUGUAGAAUUCCAGACAAGACAAUGUCAUUACAGGUGCCUGUCCGGAGAUGUUACAGCAAGAAAUGGAAUGUACAUUCUUCAAGACAGUUUCACAUCAGUGACCAGAAAUUGCAGGAGAACAGAAUAGAAGAGCAAAUAUUGGAGCAGAAGAAGCGUAAUGAGGAAGCAGGGGAGCUUACUGAGUUGAUCCGUGACUUUCUGGACCCUGCCGAGUUCUACAGAGCCGUGAGAGGAUCAGGCAUUGAGUUUUUCUGUGGUGUUCCAGACUCACUCUUGAAAGAUUUCUGCGCAUAUGUGACGGACCACACUCCCUCUCACAACCAUAUAAUUACCCCUAAUGAAGGUGCUGCUGUCGCUGUGGCAACGGGUUACCACUUAGCAACCAAUAGAACUGCCAUGGUGUAUCUACAGAAUUCUGGGAUAGGUAAUACGGUGAAUCCAAUCAUGUCGCUAGCCAGUCCGUCGGUGUACAGUAUUCCCAUGCUACUGCUGGUGGGCUGGAGAGGUGAACCAGGCAAGCGUGAUGAGCCACAGCACCUUGUUCAAGGGCAGGCAACUCCUGGUCUAUUAGCCUCUCUGCACAUUCCAUUCCAAAUUCUUCCUGACUAUGAAGAAGGUGCGGAACAGGUGUUGCACACUGCUAAACAGUACAUGGAGACAACUGGAGGACCGUAUUGUCUGUUAGUCAGAAGGCAAACCUUUCUGCCGUACAAGCUGAAGACUGCAGCAGCACAUGAAUUUCCACUAUCAAGAGAAGAGGCGAUGAAGUCUGUUGUGGACACACUUCGAGAUAAAGAUGUUGUCAUUAGUACAACAGGGAUGGUCUCCAGAGAACUGUUUGAAUACAGGGUUGCAAAAGGCCAGGGCCAUGAGCGAGACUUCCUUACUGUGGGGUCUAUGGGACAUGCCUCUAGCAUAGCUUUAGGUGUAGCAUUAUCCAAACCAAAGAGACAGGUGUUUUGUUUAGACGGUGAUGGUGCUGCAAUCAUGCAUUUGGGUGCUAUGGCUAGUAUAGGAGCUCAAGGACUAAAAAAUUUCAAACAUGUGAUUUUGAAUAAUGGAUCUCACGACUCUGUAGGAGGCCAGCCAACCGAUGCUCAAAACUUCGAUACCUUCUCCUUCACUGGCAUCGCCAAGGCUUGUGGAUACAAAGAUGCCUGGAUGGCGACCACUGAAGCAGAGGUGAAGGACAUGGUGCAGAUGAUGAGAGACAGUGAGGGACCCGUAUUGCUAGAGAUCAGGACCAGGAAGGGCAGUCGUAAAACUCUCGGUCGACCAACCACCAGCCCAGCAGAAAACAAAAGUGACCUUAUGCACUUCCUUGCCAUUGGUUAAGUUAAAGAAUAACUUCUCAUUGGCUAUGUCUUCAACUUUCUGUCUCCUCCAAUACAUUUCUGCUUGAAAGAAAAAAUGGAAAGCUUUAAAUUAUUACUCAAUUAUAAGCAAGCAUUGUAAAAUACCAAUAAUACACCGAUCUCUCAUCAUAACAUGUUUCAUUACAACGUGCUAUUUGUGCCGUUCAUGGGGUCACAAAUGUGUCCCCCAGAUUUUUCACAAAGAUGUUAUUGGGCACAUCUGCAUCAAAUUUAAAACACUUUCAAAUGUUUCAGUGAAGAAAAGCUUCCGAUUUUCUGUCUCCUUUGCACUCAGAGGCUUGAUUACCUUGUAGUUAUUCAGUGAAGCCAUGAUAUUAGGCUGAUUUGGUCUUCACCUGACAUCCAGCAUCAUACUAUACCUCUUCUUAUAUUGUAUGUCAGUUCAGGCUAACAAAGUUGACACAACAUGCUUCACCUAUAGCACGGUAGACGGGUUUACCAACUAAUAACUACAUUGUAAUGAGGGAGAAUUGUAUUAUUGUUAAACACACCAGAAGCUAAAUUUUGAGAACACUGGGAAAUAUAUAUUUGCAAAAGUUUGAGUAACACUGUUUUUCCAUGGGAAAUUCUGAAACAUUGGGCACUACAUAGACUUUUGAAUUAUGGCGAGUAGGAUGACCUGUCUUCUCAAUUAUUCACUUUCUUCUCGUUCAUGUCAGCGAUCAGUCCUCACCAUUGUACACCAGAUGCUUUGGUUUACGUCAUAAUUGUGGUUGAAAAAUAUAAAGUAAUCAGUUAACCCAGGUAGGCUAAUUCAUUGAAGGCAACGGGGAAACUACAUGUAACUUCUCUGUUACAUGUGUCUCCAUCACCCUUUUGCUUGUGAGUAUGCACAAGGGCUAUUACAGCAUUUACAGAGUUACUAUUACAGCAUUUACAGAGUCACUAUUACAGAGUCAUUUGGGAUACAACAGCUUAAUAUAAUACACACAUGUACAUGUAGGUGACCAGAAUACAGCUAAGCUUUGAACUAAACUAUGUUCGUCAACAUAUAUAUAUGUUAUGUGUGGAAAAAGCUCACCGUUUCCUAAUGAGAGGAAAAUUGUGAAAAUGUAUUCGUGUGAAUUUAACAAAUGUUCAGUUUUGCCAGUGGGAAAAUUUUCCAUUUUGGCAUAUGGGUCCUUGGAGGUAUUGCUUUAAAAUUGGUUGCAAUUGUUUAUUGUGCGUGUAGCGUAGAAAGGGAAAUGAUUUGAUGCAAACACAUCAAAAGCUUUUCCCAAAGGAACAACAGUUACGUUAUUGACCUACGCCAUCGGGAGUAACUGUGUUACACCAUGAGCGGAAGUGGCAUGAUGUUACAUUGUUUAGGUCUUGUUCAUUACUUUGGUCUUGCCCCUCAUUUUUUUUUUGCUCCUCAUUUUUCUUUUGCUCCUAAACUUUUCUUUUGCUCCUUUUUUUUCUAAGGACAGUAAUUAAUAAAAUCACCUAAAAAUUCAUGGAAGCUUUCACCAGCCAGUCACCCUGAGGUGCCAGUUGGUGAAAAAAUCACCUGAGUUUUUAUAUGAUAAAAAGUAAAUGUCAGAUAAUCCUUCAUGAAAUUAUGGGGAUUUACUGAAAAUACAGUCCAGUAUUCAAAACAUAGAAUCAUUAGAUCAUGCUGUUUUUAUUAUGGUAGGAACACCCCCGUUUUGGUCUCAAAAUAUGUGGUCACUUAGGAGUAUAUUGUUCACAGUGCGUUAAUUUUAAUGAUUUUUACCACCUAAAAAUGUCAGAUGUUGUCAGUAUUGUGAAAUGCACAUGUAAUUAAAACAAAUCAUGAAUGUAAUGUCUUUUAAUCUAUAUGUUUAACCAUAUUUUUUUCUAUGCUGAGUUUAUCCAUUUUAUCGAUUUAUAUUUUAUGCAAAAAAAUUUGAACAGUAUUACAUAUUUGUGAAUAUGUAUUAAGUAAGUGAGAGUGAUUUUAGAACAUUAGAAGCUAACGCAACGUGUGCGUGCGCGUGCGCAUGUAUCUCUGCUGGAAACAAUAUUUAUAUGAGUAAAUAUGUUUCUUCUGCAGAGUGAUUUUAUACGAAGUUUAUUAAUUCUUUAUGAACUGAUUGAAAUGUAAACCAAAAAAAAGGCUUUGUACCAAAUACAGUGAGUAGUCAAAAGUGGAAUUUAAACUUAAAAUGAAAAUAUCAUUUUAGAAAAAUGUGUACUGGUCUCUUUGCAAUAUGUAAUUUCAUGUGCAAUUCUUCGUGCAAAUGCUUUGUAGUGGUAAUCUUGUAUUCUGAUUUGAUUACGUUAUGGGCUGGAUGUCUUAAGGGGCUUUGUUAUGAAAUUGCCAUAAGUAUCUUUCGGGGCUCAUUGAUUAAAAUUAUCGCUACCAGUAUGAAAGGAAGAAAAACAAAAUGUGUUUUUAAUACAGAAUCAAAUCAAAUUACAUGAUCUGCCUGUUGGGAAAAAUAUUAGUGCUUUGUAUACUUAUCAUAGCUUGCCCUUUUUUUUGUUGUUGUUGACUGUUUUGAGUAUACUACAUUAAGUAUAAUAGCACUGUCCGUUUAACCUAACAGAACAGGUAUCUGUAAAGUAUAAUCCACAUGGUUAUGAUGUAUGUCUCUGUCUUCUAUACACCCAAUUUCCAAAGUACCUGUAACAAGCUCUAUAAAUUAUAUUUUGACAGCAGUUUGGAAUAUGCAUAAUAUAUGUAUUUAAAAUAAUGAAUAGUGAUGAUGUCAUUAACCAUACAUAAAGGAUAUAGAGCUAUCAAAUGUAUUUGCAUGUAUUAUUCAGGCUUGACUGUUAGGAUUAUUAGGGGCUCAAGCCAUUCCGACUUGAAUCCCUAUUGUAUCUUCUAGGAUUAUUUGUUUUUAUUAAUAGGCUUCCAAACUCUAGAAGAAAAAAAUAUCUGAACAAGAACAAUAUCUUGGAAUACUUUUGUUCUUGUUAAAUUAUUUUUCUUCUUCUCUCACGGCUGUUUUUUUCCUUUUGCGAGAAAACUGCGUGUCACAGCUGUUAACUUUCUACACAUGUUCGUUACCAAAUCGCUUAGGCUACCUGCUGGAGUAUAAAACUUUACCCACCUGUGACCAACUUUUAGGCCAUAUUGGAGAAGUAUGGAAAUCUAAAGAAAACUGCUUCAUCAGUACCGCUGAUCUGAUUGCAUGCAAAAUGCAAAAAUGCCAUUUUUACAUUUUUUCAAAAUUGAAAAACAGCUUUUGAAAAGAUGCUCAACAGAAAUGUGUAAAACUCAGGAAAGUGACUGUCUCAGAGAUGUGCUCUUACAAGCAAAGAUUUCAAAAUUGCUAAGUGGAAGGGACUACAUAUGUACUGGAUGUAUGCUGAAAAUCUUCGAGCCGUCUUCAUAAAUACAGGAUGUACAGGGUUUCAAAAUUUGACAAAAGGCUGAUAAACUACAUUUUGGCACAUUUACAAGUGUAUCUUAUAUAAUGCAUACACACUCUGUUCGUGUCUAGGAUGAAUGCAGAAACUUUGUAAGUAUGCCACCUGAAGAAGCUUGAUGUCCUGAUCAUGAAUCUGGUCUUAUUUUUUUCCUUCGAUGUAUACUAUGGUAUUUUUUUUUUUUUUUUGAAAGUGCAAUUGUCCCCAUUUUUAAAGUUCAUGAGGCAGAAAACUGUUAUGGUUGUAAAGCCAAAAAUCACUGAGUGCAAAGCGCUACAUAUGUACUCUAUGUAUGGUGAAAAUCGUUGGGCUGUGUUAAAAAAGAGGGGACUUGCACGCCUUCAAAUAUUGCCCAAAGUUUACUCUUUUGGCACAUCUACAUACAUAUUAUAUACAAUAUAUAUGUAUUUACAAUGCACUAAUAACUAGGAAGAAUGUAGGCUUUCUCAUUAAAUUGGUUAUAUAUCUGUGCAUGGACACCAUGCAGGUAACUGGAAGUGACACCGAAUAGGCCGCCAAUACCGGCUUGAACCCUGGCAUCGCUGCUUUGGCAGCUAUAUUUAGAUACUUAUACUGUCCCUAAUGAUUUUCCUGAACUAAGUUUUAUCAAUCAAUUACACAUUGUUAUCUGAGACUGUAUUAUAGUAAUAUUCUUGAAUAGGAUUCUAAACACCUCAACUAAAUCUGUAGCAGUCAAUAGUCAGCAUUUAAAGAAAACAUGUUUAGUUGGCCCAGUAUUUAUGACAUUGAAUCACUACAUAACCAGCAUAAUACGUUGAGUGUCUUUGGAAUAUGAUUCAGUGAGGCAGCAUUAUAAACUGUAGUACUCUUUUAUAGACUGUCUUGUUGUAAGCAGACCUUACAUCAUGGAAAUAUAUUUAAUGUUGAAAGAAACGAAACUGGUAUUUCUCAUUUCCCAUUUGGCAUGUACACACAGGUAGGAUCUCCAUUUUUAUCUGUUGUAAAUGUAUAUUGUUUAUACCUGUAUAUGUUAUGGUGAUAAAUGCAAAUUUAUCACACUGCCUGAAUAUCUGAAGUACUUGUAUCUUGAAUACACAUAUUUAACUAUAACGUGAGUUUCUUUACAGGAUUUGAUAUUCAUAUACCCUGUUUUAUGUAAUAUAUUUCUUUUGCACCUGUUCUGUAACACUUUAGGCCAUCAUGUAUUAUUUUACAUGUAGAAGCUACAUGGUACGGUAAUGUAAUAUGUAGCAAAUGACUUUCUAAUCUCCACUAAA